AUGCGCUUGCGCUUUGGGCCCAGGCGGUCGCUGUCUGGCCCUGUCCCACCGUGCCCUGGGCCGGCCCCCCGGCCGGGCCUGGCCCUCCGGCCGACGGGGUUGUCGUCCUGUCGUCCGCCUGCCGGGGCCGUGUCCCCGCGCUUCCUGGGCGGCCCCUCGGCCGCGCUUGACCGUUCCGGCUGGCCGGGAGCCGGGGGCACCCUGUCGGCCCUCCUGCCGCCCCAGCCCCGGCCCCGGCCCCGGCGCGUCCGCCGUCGGCUCCCUUUCCCGCCCGCGCCUCCUCAGCCCCGAGCUCUGCCCCCGUCCCGCCCCUCUCGGCCGCCAGCUUCCCCUUGGCGGCGGCUGCCCUUUGCCCCUUCCCGCCCUUUCCCUUCUCCCUCACUCCCCUCCGACCCGCCCCCAGCCCUUGCCGGACCCCAGGUCUCGGGCGCCUGGAGCGCAGACGGGGCGGCCGCCGCAGGGGCGCCCGGACCCUGGGUCGUUGUCGGACAGUCCCGGCAGCUGCCUCAGGACGGGGACGGGGCGCGGAAUGUGCCGGCCUCUUCCAGCCCUCAGCCGCGGACCUGUUGCAAAUUCCCGAGGCCCGGAGUGUUGACUUUCCGAGCUGAAAAAUAUCACUGCAUUAUAAUGGAAGGAUCCUGGAUUUGGAGUUAAGAAAAAC